AUGAAAUGUGCACAAUUCAGAAACAUGUUACAGGCAGGGUUAUACCUUUUGCUAUUCAUCAGUUAUGGUAUAAUUAAGGUAGUAUUUUAUAAAUCAGAACUUAAAACAAAAAUGAAUGUACUUCGGGAGUUGAACAUAUAUAUCAUUAAUAUAAGAUUAAGAAUUAAAAAUCAAGGAUAUACCCAAAAUGCCCAAGACGCAAAUUUGAAUCAAAGUCCUGAUCUUGCGUCUAAUACUACCAUAGUUAGUUCAACAGAUGAUGUUUCUCAAAAUUCUGAAUCAAAUAAUGUUGAUACCACUGCUGUGGCAAUUAUUCACUUUUUGUGGUCAUUUUUCAAAAGAAACUUUGAAACAGAGACUUUAAUAUCCGAAUCAUCAAACGGAACAUAUACAGAUGAUUAUCAAGUAGAUUAUAUUCAAAAUGACUUUUCAAACCUAGCAAAACAAUAUAGAGUUGCACGUAUUAUCCUUGUUAUGCUUUUAUCAAUUCUUAUCGUACCAUUGACGCUUAUAAUUUGGUCUUGUAUUGGGCUUAAAUUUGGUGAUUGCAUUGAUUAA